UCGGUGAGAGCUGAUGUGAGCUUGUCUCUUCCGAGGCGUAAGUCAUGUACUGGUUCAGAAGCCAGCCACUUCGAUGUCCUUGGUCAGGAAGUGUGUAUUGAGCAGGAGUGUCGGAGCUCCUGCUGCAACGUGCGAGCCCAGGCCGUGCGAGUAUACCCAGCCUGGUUAAACGAGUCAACACCGGGCCCCGGGGAUCUGGGGUAGAUUAACCUGGGCUCCCACGGGACCCAGUUUUAUCGAGGGCGUGCCCGUUCCCGGUGUAUCUCGGCCUGCACCCUUACACACGAUGCGCUGGUUAAAAUACUUAUGGAAACUGAAACCACCCCAAAACUAGGGCGAAGCGUAGUAACUAGAGAUCAAAGUGAUCUAGAGAAGAAACGGCAGUUGUCUGACUCAGAAUGUGAGCUCGAUCAAAACAAGCAAAGAAAAAUGGAAAAAGAACAAACCGACGAUGAGAUAAAUAUUCCUACUCCCUUAUUUCUUGUGCUAAGUCAUAAGGAAGAUGGAAAGACUUUGACUAAGGUGAGCCCGUUCCUUAUCCACAAAUCUUUAGUAGCCUGUGGAGGGCAACCUAAAUCUAUAAGGAAGCUGAGGAAUGGAACUAUCCUGUUGGAGGCUGCAAAUUGCAUCCAAUCCAAGAAGUUCCUUAAAAUGACGAGUUUUUUUGACCAGGUAGCGAUUACUGUCCAGCCUCAUGCCUCUCUGAACUCUUCCAAGGGAAUCGUUUUCUGUCGAGACCUUAUGGACUGCAGUGAAGAGGAAAUAAAGGUUGAGCUGCAGUGCGAGAUGGUGACUGAUGUGGUCAGGAUUGUUCGGACCGAAAACGGUGUAAAGGUUCCUACCCCGGGUCUUAUUUUAACCUUUGCAAAACCCCAUCCGCCAGAAACCAUCAAAGCCGGUUAUAUGUCUUUGUCUGUGCGGCCGUACUUUAAAAACCCCCAGCGGUGUUUCCGCUGUCAGAGGUUCGGGCACUCCAGUAAAGUGUGUUCGAACCCGGAGACAUGUUCCCGCUGUGGUGAUGAAGGACACCAAGAGGAGGGGUGCAAAAAUGAGACGCGAUGCAUCAAUUGCAAGGGAAAACAUCCGGCAUACUCAAGAGAGUGUAACACCUUUAAAGAAGAAAAAGAAAUAUUAAAAAUUAUGACUAUCGAAAAGCUUUCAUUUAACGAGGCGCGUAAAGAGUACAGGAGGAGGGUCGCCCCAACUCCAAAAAAAGGAGUUUCCUACUCUGAAGCUGUAUCUGUCCCUGUUCAGACUGCACAGUGUUCCUCAUGUACAGUCUUGGAGGGUAUGGUGCGUGCAUUGACUGAGCAGGUGGCUGCUCUGGUUCAGCACCUCGCCGCAGGUGCUGGGGAACAGUCUGUGGUCUUGCCCAGUAAAUCUCCCCGAGACGUUCAGACCUCCUCUAAACCUAAUGCACAGUCUUAUGUUAAACCUUCACCAGGAGGUCUUACGUAUAGAGAUAAAGUUCAGCAAAAUUUGAAACCUGCCUUAAGUUUCGAAGAGAGAAAGAAAUUGUCAGAAAAGCUUAAGAAGAAUAUUCAAACUAAAGUCGAUAACAGGUCAAAAGUACCUGUUAGGAACCCUAACACGUCAUCAUCUAAGUCAUCUCAACUGUCCAUCAAUGAUGAUGACACGACUGAGGAUCCUUUGGAGCUCCGGACGGAGUUCCAAACGUUACGUGGAACUUUCCGCCCUGUUACAAAACAAAGAAAAAAAAUCACUAUGUAGUAAAGAAGUAAAAUAUUGCAUGCAUUAUAAUAAUAAAAUAAAAACAUGCUUAUUCAAUGGAUAAACGCUGAUAAACAAAAUAUAGUA